CACAGCAAGCAACAUGUUUCUUAUAAGUUUCACAAAAUGGGGUCAGAAAGCAAAAUGGAAGUUGUUUGGUUCACUUCAGCAAUGUUCCAUACACCCCUUGAGUCUCACCCUCGACCAUUGGCAAGACGUCCGAAACCGUGCCAGCAACUUGUCGGUCGAGGUCAAAAAGAAGAAGUGGGUAACCCUCUGCACCUCUGAAUGGCCAACCUUCAACGUAGGCUGGCCCAAAGAAGGGUCCUUUAAUCCCGAUCUUGUUUCACAGGUCAAAUCCCACAUCUUCAUUCCAGGCCCUAAAGGACAUCCUGACCAAGUUCCAUACAUCGUGACUUGGGAAGACCUGGUUUUUGACCCACCACCAUGGGUCACCCCCUUCUCUACCCCAAAACCCCUCCUCUCUUCCCUUCCUAAUGAGCCCUCCCUUCCCCCUUCCGCUCCUCUUAUUCCAGUCCCUCCUCAGACCGCCCAAACCUCUAGACUAUACCCUAUACUGGAUAAAUCCAAGCCCUCAGUUCCUCCUAAGUCAAAACCUCGGACUGUCCUUCCACCCGAGGAGAAUACCUUGAUAGACCUACUAACAGAGGAACCCCCACCUUACCAUCUUCAACCUCUCCCCGACCCCAACCCUCAUCCGGAUUCCUCCGAGGAGGAUGAGGAACCCCCAACUGCCGGGACCCUCCCAGACCCCUCUCCGAUGGUGGGAAGACUCCGGGGGCGCAAGGAGCCUACAACUUCUGGGGAAACCUCAAAGGCUUUCCCCUUGAGACAGACUGGAGGCCCCAACGGUCAAUAUCAAUGGCCUUUCUCUGUCUCUGACCUUUAUAACUGGAAAACCCAUAACCCUUCCUUCUCGAGUGACCCUGUAGCCUUAACCUCUUUGAUUGAGUCCAUUCUAGUGACCCACCAACCGACCUGGGAUGACUGCCAGCAGCUUCUCCAGACUCUCCUCACCUCCGAGGAGAGACAAAAAGUCUUAUUAGAAGCCCGUAAAAAUGUUCCUGGGGACAAUGGGCGUCCCACCCAACUCCCCAAUCUGAUUAAUGAGGCUUUUCCCUUGACGCGGCCUGAUUGGGAUUACAACACUGAUGAAGGUAGGAACCACCUACGUCUCUAUCGCCAGUUACUCAUAGCGGGUCUCCAUGGAGCUGAACGAAGGCCCACCAUUUUGGCUCAGUGGACACAGGAGCCCAACAUUCAGUGCUGACGCAGGACCCCGGACUCCUAAGUGGAAGGACAACAUGGGUCCAGGGGGCCACCGGAUGCAAACCGUAUCGAUGGACCACUAAAAGAGAAGUCCACCUUGCCUCAGAUUUGAAGGAUGCAUUCUUCUGCUUGAGGUUGAGUCCCCAGAGCCAGGCCCUAUUUGCAUUUGAAUGGAAGGAUCCUGAGGAAGGACUCUCAGGACAAUUGACCUGGACCCGGUUACCACAAGGAUUUAAGAAC